GUUUUUUAAAAAUGGCGACUUCGGGAAUAAUAAAGACAGUUGCGAAGCACAUUCCCCUGAUCAAGUUUCCUAAUCGUUUGGCCGCUGCCGCAAUGGCGGCAACCCAGCAGAGCAAGCAGCCAUCUUCAUCGGCGUCUGCUAAAACAGCAAGGGGGUCCGGUCUGCCCGAGUCUACCCUUUCAAUGAGAUUCAGACGGAGACCUUUGGAUCAAGUUGAAAUUGAUUACGUUUUGCGAAUUCCUAGAAGAUUUAAAAAAGCAUUUUAUUCCGAGAUGAUCAGCGCUAAUCCGGACACAGCCCAUCCUCUAGCUCCGGAUUUUUCAUUUCAUCUAACUUACGACAAAAAUAAAGUUAAAAUAUUCCACGACACGAAUUGCAGUUGCAUUUACCGAAUAUAUAUGUUACCUCCGUUUUCGAGUUAUUUGAACAAAGUCGAUUUACUAAAACCUCAAGAUUUGAAAAAUUUAUUUUUGGAGAUAACUUUAGAUGAUGUCACAACCAUUUAUAGUUUAACUGAAAUUUUGGAAGGUGAAAAAGGACCGUUUCUCAGUCCAGUAAGCUCGAAAAAUUCGAAACCAUUAUCCGGUAUUGGGUCUUACACGCCGUUCUGUUACGCUAAAAGUGCUUCGAUUCAUUACGUCGACGAUAACGAAUAUCCGACUAAUUUGUUGAACCUCACCGUCAGUUGCGUGGCUAACGAGUUAAAGUGCCCAAUAAAACAGUACACGACAGUUUCUUACAUGAAAUCUUCGUGUUUGCCUGAUGAACAGUCGACAUUCAGUCAACUAAACAAAGAAAACUUUGCGAAUUUGGAUUAUUUGGUCGAGUAUUUUAAAUAUCCUGAAAACUACGGUCCGCACGAUGAUGACGGGUGUAAUUUGGUUGCGAAGAUUUCAGUAGGAAAAACAAAAUCAUAA